AUACAAGAACCUACUCUUUAACACUCCAAUAAUGUUUUUUUUUUCGAACAAAGCAACGGUUAAGGUUAUUUUCAUGUUAUCUUUUUGAAGAUUUGUUAUUUUAUUUUGAAGAAUAAACAAACAAAUGGGAGGCUAAAUAUGUAAACUAAAGAAAGUUCAGGAAACAGCUUGACCUAUCAUUUAUCAUCACUCCGUUCUAUAAAUACAUACGUUGAUCCUUCGUAACACCAUACCAACUCUACAGUUAAGAUCUACCUCACAGUUUAAUAACCUUUAUUUCAUACUUUCUCCUCUAUUUCAUCCAAACACCAAAGUUUUAGAAAUGGCAACAGCAUCGGUUAACAUGCAGUCAGUCUUCGCCUGUGGGUUGGCCACUCGCAAGAUCAACACAAACAAGCUCUUCUUCGCCGGAAACUUCCCAAAUCUCAAGAGGAACUAUCCGGUGGGAGUGAGGUGCAUGGCUGAGGGGAUGAAGGAUGAGUCUACACCUUCGACCUCCGCGGCUCAGCCUUUGUCUAGUUCAUCAUCGCCACCACCUCCUCCACCUCCCACUAAACCAAAGGUGAGCACGAAGUUUAGCGACUUGCUAGCGUUUAGCGGUCCAGCACCAGAGAGAAUAAACGGGCGUUUAGCGAUGGUUGGAUUCGUGGCGGCCUUGGCGGUUGAACUUUCCAAGGGUGAAAACGUUUUGGCUCAGAUCUCCGAUGGUGGCGUCUCGUGGUUCCUUGGUACGACUGCGAUCUUGACGCUUGCGUCGCUUGUACCCCUUUUCAAGGGUAUCACCGCCGAGUCUAAGUCCAAAGGUUUCAUGACGUCCGACGCUGAGCUUUGGAACGGACGUUUCGCGAUGCUUGGUUUGGUCGCGUUGGCGUUCACUGAGUUUGUCAAGGGUGGGACCCUUGUCUGAGGAAAGAAAUUUUCUUAUUGGGGAGAAUGUUAUAUUACAGUUUUGCCCCUUGUAAAGUUAUCUGGUAUGACAUGUGUUUAAGCCUAUGGUGUGUUUCUUUACAUAUGCAUUAGUGACAUGAGACUUUGUGGUAAAGCACUAUAUCAGUAAAAGUAGUGAUGUUUUUCUAAAA